AUGUCAAUCCCUCAUGUCAAAGUUUCUUUCUUCUGUAUUCUUGUUGGCUCCAGUAUGGGUGGCUGGCUGAUGCUUUUGGCUGCUAUCGCUCGCCCGGAGAAGACAAAAGCCUUGGUGGGCAUUUCCACAGCAGCAGAUCAUUUUGUUACAGCCUUUAAGACACUUCCUAUAGAGGUGAGAAAAGAGUGUGAGGACAAGGGUGUAUGGACAAUCCCCACGAAAAGUAACAAGGAGGGCAUGUACACUGUGAGUAUGGACUUCCUGCGUGAGGCGGAGAACCACUGCAUCCUACAGAGCCCCAUCCCUAUCACCUGCCCCGUACGUCUCAUUCACGGCCUGAAAGACAAGGACGUGCCCUGGCACAUCUCCAUGCAAGUGGCCGAGCGUGUGCUGAGCCCCGACGUGGACGUCAUUCUGCGGCGCCACGGCCAGCACCGCAUGGCUGAGAAAGAUGACAUCAAGCUCAUUGUCUACACCAUCGAUGACCUCAUAGACAAGCUUACCACCAUGGUGUGAAACACCGUUUGGGAUGGGGUUACCAAGCAACCAGCCUUAAGACCCUCUCCCACUUUCUUCCCGCUUCCUGUUUUGUUGUGCGAGACAAGAAUGAUGGAAAAGGUGAACUGUGGGAGGACAAAGUCUUUUCUUUUCAUGU